CCCGGCCUGUCAAUCAAGUAUUUUCUAAAUAUGUGAGCUUAACCUCACUUUCGUCUAACCUCACUUUAACGUAAUGUGCAAGACCAAAGGGCUAGACAUUAGCGAGGCUUCUGACAUGGAGCUGGAGCCCUCAUCGGACUCCUCAAUGGAGAGUAGUGACAGUGAGGUUGAGAUUUCAGAGGCGGAAAAUGAGGCUGCCGAGACUGUCCAGGAGGAGGAGGAGGAGGAAUCAGAGGACGAAGUGAUUAAGGCUAUUAAGCGAGAAUGCGAGCGCAAAAACGACCACCCGCCAGUGAUAAACUGCGAGGACUUUAUCACCGAUAUCUCUUUUCAUCCCGGUAGCGAUAUUUUGGCUGUGGCCAAUAUUGUGGGGGAUGUGAUGUUUUACAAGUACAGCAAUGAGGAAAACAGCCUGCAAAAUACCUUGGAACUGCACACAAAGGCCUGCAGAGACAUCGAGUUUAGCCUUGAUGGGGAGAGGCUCUUUUCCACCUCGAAAGACCGAACAAUAAUGCUGAGUGACGUGGAAACUGGCAAACUGAUUAAGUUCUACGAGGACGCUCACGAAGUGCCAGUGUAUUCUUUGACUGUUAUCGAUGAGAACGUGUUUGCUACAGGCGACGAUGAUGGCACAGUGAAACUCUGGGACACCAGGCAGAACGAUAGGCCCGUUUACAAGACCAAAAGGAACGAUGACUACAUAAGCGACAUGGUCACCAAUGAGUCGCGCAAGUAUCUGCUGUGCUCUAGUGGGGACGGCUCUUUGACUACCAUCGAUUUGGAGAAACGCGCCAUUUACAUGCAGUCUGAAGACCAUGAUGACGAGCUCACCUGCCUCGGACUGUUCAGGACUGAAACGAAACUUUUGGCAGGCUCUGGCAAAGGUAAGCUCUAUCUGUACAACUGGGACGAGUUCGGUCUGUUCAGUGACGCCUUUCCGGGUCCCAAAGCCGCCAUAAAUGCCCUGAUCCCCAUCACGGAGAACAUCGUGGUGACUGCUGGAGAGGACGGCAACUUACGAGCCACUCACUUGUUCCCACAUAGGCAUUUGGGCAUUGUGGGACAGCACGAUAUUUCGGUGGAGUGCGUAGACAUUUGCAAUAAUGGCACGUUUAUUGCGUCCAGCGGCCACAACAACGAGAUUAAGUUCUGGAAUGUGCAGUACUUUGAAACCAUCGAAAAGGUCAGCCAGAAGCACAAGAAGCACGAACGGAAGAAGGAGCUGGCCAACAAUUUGCCCUCUUCCAAAGUAAAAAAUAAUGCCGAAUUUUUCAGCGACAUGGCAUGAGGGUGACCAAGUGUUGUUAAUUAUUAGGUCUCAUUAAUUAAUUAAUAUAUGAGCGUUCGAAGUUU